UUUUUUAUUCUAUUUUCUCUAUUAUUGUAAAUUACUGUUAAUUUAUAAUAAUAUAAAAAAAUUUCAAAAAAAAAUUGAAGUGGCAAAAAAAUUAAAAGAGAAAAAAAAAACAGCUAACUUUAUAAAAAGAAAAUUAAUAAAAAAAGUUUUUUUUGCAAUAAUAAAAAAGUACGUAUUUGCAUGCAUGAGCGAGAAUAAUGAGAUUAUUGCUAUUAAGGCCUUAUAAUUACUUUCUUUUGCAAAUUUGACCUUUUCCAAGUCUUUAUUUAAUUAGAGUCUUUAUUAAUAAAGCCAGUUAUUAUUUUUCCUAAAUUAUAUAAUUAAUCCAAAUAUCUCCAAAACAAAACCCCAACAAUCUCUUCUCUUCUUCCAUAUUUUCUCAAAAAAAAAAAAAAAAAAAAAAAACAAUGUCAAGUUCGAAUCUUUAUCCUCACACGAUUUCCCAAACCCCAAAAACCCAACCUUUACCGUCACCGGCGACGAAAAACCCCGUCGCCGUGAAAUUCUCAUUCCCACCCAGUUCAGAUUCGGACCCCAUAACAAUCCCAACAACCCCUUUAGUCACUUUCCUCGAAAGGGUUCAAGAAACAGCACUCCAAACAUUUGGGAAGUCAAACUUUGACCCCAAACUCUACGUUGAUUUGUCGUUAAAGACCGAUUUGAAGGUUGCCGAAGCCGGGUUGAAUCGGGUCGUGGAAACCGGGUCGGGUUUGAGGGAAUAUAUAGAGGAAUAUUUUGAGGGUGCAGGGGAAGAUUUGGUGUACUGUGAAGCAGAAGAUUAUGUGGCUGAGCCAGAAGGGUUUUUACCUAAGGUGAAGAAUGAAGAAGUGAGAAAAUGGGCAUUGGAAAUUCAUUCACUUUGGGGAAAUUUGAGUAGGAAAGUUUCCGGUGAGGUGUGGCGGCGGCCGGAACGGCAUACUCUUCUUCCUCUGCCGGAAUUGGUUAUGGUUCCUGGCUCAAGAUUCAGAGAGGUUUAUUAUUGGGAUUCUUAUUGGGUUAUAAGGGGAUUACUAGCAAGUAAAAUGUAUGAAACAGCAAAAGCAAUUGUGAAUAACCUCAUUUUCCUCAUAGAAGAACAUGGAUAUGUACUCAAUGGUGCAAGAGCCUAUUACACAAAUAGGAGGUAUGUGAGAAAAAGCCAUAUCUUUCUUAAUGGUGUAGUGGUUGAUAAAGUCAUGAGAAGUCUUCAAAAAUCAGGUCUUGUUCAUUCUGCUGGUAUUGCUACAUCUCUUACAAAUUCAGGACAACAAUGGGAUUUUCCAAAUGGUUGGGCUCCAAUCCAACAUAUGAUUAUUGAAGGUUUAACAAGAUCUGGAUUGAAAGAAGCAAGAUCAAUGGGAAGAGAAAUUGCAGUGAGUUGGCUUAGAACAAAUUAUGUAACUUUCAAGAAGACAAAAACAAUGCAUGAAAAAUACAAUGUGGAGAAAUGUGGAUUUUUUGGAGGUGGUGGUGAAUAUGUGCCUCAGACUGGUUUUGGGUGGUCAAAUGGAGUAGUGUUGGCAUUGUUGGAAGAGUUUGGUUGGCCUGAAGAUCUAAGCAUUGAUUGCCCAAUUGCUUAGUUAGGAUUAUUAUUAUAUUAUUAUUAUUUACACAUUGCCUAAUUUAUCAAAAUAAUAUUGUAACAAAUAAUAUUUUUUUUAAUAGUAUUUGGUGUAACAAAUAAUAGAAAGUAAUAA